UUCGCGUCAAAACAAAUCCAUGCGGUGCAUUUUCUCUUGCUUUUUCCCGCAAGAAAAUCAUCAAUUACAGCCAGAAACGAGGGUUUUAAACACGGAAAAGCUUGAAUUUCGUUUCGAACAUGGGAAAAACGAAGAAAUCGCAUCAUAAUCGACAAAAUCCUGUCGUGCCAGCGGGUCUUUCGCUCAAUUUUGAUGACGAUGAUGAACUUAACGGAGCUCGUCCUGAUCCCGUUGCUGCUAUUGAAGAGCAGUUAGUUUCGGUGAAUAACGAGGACAAAAUGUGCGGAUUACAAACCCUCUCGAUGCUCUGUCAAGGCGAAAAAAGCAUCCAAAGAAUACUUUCGAGUCAAAUUGUGCGAAUUACUGCCCCGAUGUUGGUUGAUUCCGAUCAAAAUAUUCGACAUGCGGCAUCCGGAGCACUUCGUAACUUGUCAGCUGUUAGUGUAGAAGUUUGCGAGACACUUUUGGAUUUGGAUAUUUUCACGCCGCUCUUGGUUUUGUUGAAUCAAUAUGCGACACAGGCGGAUUGGGUUCCCGUUUUCGACAAAAACAUGAAUGAUCAACUCGAUGCACGAUCGGAUAUCUUCUUGCAAGCUGUGAAUAUUGUCUGGAAUUUGUGUGAAAGUACGUCUGUGGCUUUGGAAACGUUCAAUCAAUCGCAAUUGCUUCGGAGUUUUGUCAAAUGUUUGAAUCAUCAGGUCUAUGGAAUGGAUAUUGCUGUUGCUGUUGCACAAUGCCUCCUCGUCAUAUCCGAAGACAAUCCAAAUGCAUGGGCAAUCUUGUCGGAAUACACAAAUGACUUUUUAACACUUCUCCAACUCGAUGGCGACUAUUCCUGUGUGAUCCUUCGUACCGUUUCCGCAUCAAUUUUGGCAAAUGUUCCCGUUUUAUGUGCUGCUCAUACCAAUCAAAUCCUCCAAGCCUUAUCGAAAACCUUCGAACACAACCACAAACAGGCUCUGAGCAGCAUAACGAGCGAUUUGCCGUUGUUAGAGAAGAAAGACGUCACCGAAUUAGACAUUCAACCCGAAGUCGAAAGCAUGUCGAUGGAAGAAGAAACCGAGGAACAAGCAACCAACCGUCGAAAAAAGACAAAUUUACCAUCGCCGAUCGAAAUUGAAGUCAAAAACAUCAGCAAUUUACUCCUUGCACAACGAAUUGCCGCCGAAACAAUCACAAAUAUCUGUUCGCCCGACGACGACGGCGCAUGGGGCGAAGAAAUGGAUGACGAUGACUCCGAAGCUGAGAGCGUACAUGAUUACGAUACGUCAAAUAUGCCGGGAAUUACGAACGAUCAGGACAAACUUUCACCCGAAAUUAUCGAAAUUCUCAAAUCUUUGGGCGUUGUUGAGAAAUUAUGGCAACUUGGACAACCUUUACCCGCUAAUGUGCUGUUAAUUUUGUCCGAAAGCGGAAAAAUGUUGCUAAAACGAUACACGAGACUCCGUUCUUCCAUCCUCAUGUGCCUGCAAAACUUUUGUAACGUCCUUACGACAGAAGAUUUGGGCGGCGCAAACGCCAUUUACACAGUUUGGCUUGAAUUGGGACAACAAGUUUUCCAAGAAGGCGCUUCGACAGAUGGGCAAGUUGUUGAAUCGAUCACUGCUUUGAUGCGCGCCGCCUUGGAUCACUUGAAAAAACAUCCGGAGCUGUUCCAACAGAUGACGCCGAACGAUUUGCAACUCAUGUUACGCGGGAUAAAUUCGUGCAGCGACUCAGAAACGCGAGCAAAUUGGCUCAAAAUGCUCGGUGUGCUUGGAUGCGUGUUACAAGAGCCCUUGACGAAGGAGAUUGUGCAAUUUAUGACUGACAUUUGUCUCAAAGAGGAAGAUUGUUGGACCCUAUCUGAAGCAAUUGACGCAUUUAUGGACAUUUUCGCGGAUAACGAUUGGCCCCGAAUCAUCUGCGAACUGAAUUUGACACAAAAAACUAAAGAAAUUGAGAGAAUUUUUAAAGCUAAAAUUCGUCAGAACAAAAAAUCCCUGAAAGAUCGCUUCCCAGUAGUAAAUACUGUUCGUAGUAACUUACAACGUUUCUGUAAAUACCUCGAAAGUCAAGAGAAAUCCUUCAAAAGCAACUAAAUUUAAUUGAUUCUAUUUAUC